CUUUAACCCAUCCAACAAUCGUUUUUCUCCUGUCUUGUCUAUAACUACUAACCACUACAGUACGACGUACUGUUAUAUACCUACCUACCUUCCCAACGGCGUCCGCCCUCCCCCCUUCCUUGCCUUCACCAUCCAACAUCGUUCUAGGACAGGGACGCGCGGGUUAGGGCAACGACAACCUAACAAGCCCCCCCCGUCCUGAUCCUGUGUUUGUUCCUUCCUACCCUCCCGACUGGGCGACUUGGCAUACCCGUCUCGCUGGAUUCGCUCGCCUCAUCCACACCUCAAUUGCCGGCUGGUCGUCCGCCCGGCACCUUUGCCUCCAUCCUUCCAUCCUUCCAUUGUCGCGGCAGAGGCGGCGACCCCUGGAACACGGACACUUGCCCUCUUGGGAGCAACAAAAGGGGCAGUCAGUCAGAGACCCGCGUCCGGCAAACGCAUGACAGGGCCUGACCAACAGCGCGCUCGUCGGGCUGUGUUGCUUCGAGAAGGAAACGACCAGAAGGCGGGGGCCAAGGGGAGGGACGCAAAGCCUACGGAGUAGUGUACCUGCAGAGUACAUAUCGUAGAUGUCGGUCCUGCUGCCCUCGUCGUCGUCGUCGUCGUCGUCGUCGGGAUCCGAAGCCACCCCUGCGCUGGCGACCUCGUCAGCCGCGUCGUCGAAGCAUCACGCUCGCAGCAUGGCGCUCAAGGAACACAUUUCGUCACCGCUCGAGGCUGGGCCCUCGGUGCUCGACGCCCACCACCUCCCGCCUCACCUCGUACCAGCGCUCGAGCACGUCGCGGGCCGCCUCGCGCGCAAGGCCCUUCACCUGACCCUCGUCGUCGUCCGUAAGGACUACCAGCUGCCCGCCGUCGCGCUGCCGUACGGCUCUCCGAGCUUGACCUGGCCCGUCACACCCGUCAUAUCUCCGAGCGCCGGUGCCGGCGCCAGCCCGGCGUCCAAGUUCACGCUGACGUCCGUCUCGGCCGGGAUUAAGGGGCUCGUCCGGUCUCGCUCGCGCGCCAACCUCGUCGAGCUAGCGCGACACCACCGCCACGACCACAAGCAUAGCGGGAGUUCCCUAUCGUCGCCGAGGUCUGACACCUCCCUCCGGUCAUUGAGAGCGAGGUGGCCGUUGUCCCCGACGACUCCGCUCCUGUCGUCGCCUCCGCCCAUGACGCCGUGCACAGCAACGUCGUCGGCCACGGGCACAUCCGAUGAUCUCUAUGCCCAGCCCUUUGAGCUGCGGCUCAUGCACGCGCCGGAUCUGCCGCUCCGGGCCCGGAAAGACCUGCACUCUGCUCUCACCAAGGCGGACAAGAGGUUUCCUACAAGAGGGGCAGAGCUAUCACCGGCGCAAAGUCCUGCGGCGUACGGCCUGCCUGGUGCCCUGUUCAAUGCGUCCCUGCUGCAGAACGAGAUCCUCUUCUCCACCGAGGGCCUCACCCUCGUGGCCCUCGACCACUUGUACAGCGUCAAGAGCGCGCUGUCCGUCUACUCCAGCACACGAUCGCUGUUACGGCUCGAGGACGCCGUCGAUGAGCUGCGUCGCUUCGUGCUGGCUGGACGCGGUGCCAAAAUCUCAAAGGCCGACCUAUUGCGCAGUUAUGACUGGCUGGGCGUGAGCAGCACUGCCGUGGAAGAUCUCGAUGCCAUGUACCGGCGGGCGUACGGCGGGCCCGAGCGCGCCGGUGCCAUUGCCGGCAUGCCGAGUCCGCUCCCACCACCGCAGGUCUCGAGAGCAGCGAAAACGGCGGUUCUGGAACCCGUCAUUUGGUCUCAGAAUGAUGACUAUAUCUGCGACAUGACGGGGGAACCGUGGGUUCCGGACCUGGACGUCGAGGAGAGCAUGAUUGGCGUGGCCAUCACAACUCCUGAGCCGGUCAGGACAUGUCUUCCUGCACGAGGCCCUACACUGCGGCUGCAGACGAAGUUUGAAACGUCACCACUUCCCCCCAGGCGUGCGGCCCGAGACGACGGGGCCUAUGAUGGGGAGCUCACGGCCAGACCGGUUGAUGAGCAGCGGGCGUUUGUCCUUGGCCCCUACAGUAACAAUCCAUCUAUCGAUCAGAUGCUGCUCGGCGCGGGCGGUGGCAUGAAAGGCAUCACACCCACGAAUUGCUAUCCCAGGGCGGUAACGCCGAAUCAGUAUGAUGAAGUUUCACCCAUCACACGCAGCGAAUGGGGCUUCCUGGUACUGGACGAUGCGUUCAAGAGCGGGCGCAUGGUGGCCGUCGAGACGUGCUGAUGACGCGGGAAAUGCGCCAUUUGCUUGUUCGUGCGGUUCGUUGGAGGUGGCACCCAUGCCCAAAGCUGAUGACGAAGGUUAACGAUGCUUAUGAUUAUGACCCUGGCGAAAUGCCCUAUGGUGAGCCCGGGCCGCACUGCUGAGUCGAUCGCCUCCGUAUAGGUCCUGUGCGCAUACAUGUCCUUGGAUUGAGACGCGGC